AUCGGGGCGUCAUGAAGUAGAAGGGAGAGAAAGCCAAUCCACCCUGCAGUGUUCGUCUUCACUUCAGCAUUGCAAUUAUACAGUUGUAUGCGGAUUUGUUGAGAUAUAGUUUUACAGAUUUAUAGGAACAAAGGGUCAUAAGGGUGGCACAUGAUCAAUUCGUUUUGGAAUUUAUGCCGUGCGUGUCCGAUGCCAACAGAGGAGAAGCUGAAUACAGAAUACGCGAGAAAUUUUACAUGGCACCAAGGAUAUCAAACAACCAAACAGGAUGUGGUGAAGAAGGUGCCGGAAGCAUCUGCUUUGGCUUUGAUGGAACCAAUUUUAUCGAGGAAGAAAAAAUAUCCGGACCUGGCAUAUCGGACACAUCAAGUAUUGAAACACGAAGGAAUCGGUUCAAAAUUUGUGGAAAGCAUAAAUUUCAAUAUACCAACUUUACAAUACGCUAGAGAUCAUGUGGAUAUUAGAGCAAGAUCGGAAGAAAGAUCGAAUAACAGUUGUAAAAUGGGACCUAGAAGUCGUUCGGCGGAUCCAAAUGUUGGAAGAGAGAAACAGAAAGAUUCGGAAGAAAGAUCGAAUAACAGUUGUAAAAUGGGACCUAGAAGUCGUUCGGCGGAUCCAAAUGUUGGAAGAGAGAAACAGAAAGAUAAUCCUUCUGGAAAUCCAGGAAAGAAAGCUCAGGAGAAAGGUGUAAAAAAUACCAAAGAUGGUGAUGUGGCAAUGGCUCUUAGCUACCCUCCGCCUUGUCGUCCGCAUGGCAAUCCCGGAGUACGCAAAACGGAAGACCAGCAGAACAAGAGCGAAUACCGUUCUCAGUACGCCUGGCCGAAAGUUGGGAUGGAGGCUUCCCAGCCUGCCACCCGUAAGUCUGUAUCUAUGGGAUCAAUAGCAACUCAAGCAUUACAAAUGGAAGGAUCUUCGGCCAGACUGGCCUUAGCAGCCACCCACAUUCCUUUUUCGGAAUCGAGCAUGAGAUUUGACAGGGUGCCCGAAGCAAGCACGUCGGUCAAAAUUAUUGAAACACAGAGCAAACCCAAAAGUAAUGGAGGAAUAAAAGUUGAAGAUCUAAAGAGAAAAUUUAAAAAGACGGAAUAUAAAGCAAAGUUUCGACCAUUUUCUUCAUAUGUCUAUAUUGAUGGUGGAUGGAAAAAACCUUCUAAACUUAAGAAUGUUACAACAAAAUUGGAAGUUAAUCCUUGGUACACAGAAGUAGUGGAAAGAUUAAAGAAAGCCGAUGAAUAUAGAUGGAGAGCACAUGGAAGACCACUGUAUGGAGAACAACAAGGCGUUCCAUGUUGUAGGCAAUCGGAUGUUUGGAAUCAAGUUUGGGAUAAAAAUCUAGUAACGGCAGUUGCAACAAAAAAACUGCCAGUGAAAGACGACAGAACACGUGAUAGACCGCAUACAGCUCCCACUGCCAAAGUUCCUUUACCGAAGUCUCUCUAUCGUAAACCAAGAAAUGGUCAGGUUAAACAUGAAAAACCUUUAAAAUCAAAAGUUGAAAGAAAAAAGAAGAGAGAAACAGAACCAACAGAUACUGAAGAGCAAACUCGAGACAAAGCUGAUGCUCCUCCGGCUAGAAGAACUGCAUCUGCCCCAGCUCGUACAAGUAGCGCUGCUUCUCAAUUACCUAGUACUUGGAGUGGACAAAAAUUAUCCUCACAAGGAAAAGCAGCUACUCCUAGUAAGAGAGCCCGUCCCAAAUCCGCUGAACCGACUCUAGGUCUCUCAAAACGAGACAGUAAAUCUCCCAAGCAUUUAACCAAGCAAUCUAUUAGUAUUCCAGAAAGUAGCGCUAAACCUAAGGAAAAUUUAGCAGGACCAUCUGAAUCUCCCACUAAAAAGGAUACAAAACAUAAAGCAGGUCGAACUAGUUUCAAAACACCAAAAACUUCGGAACAAGUUUCUCAUGCUGUUAAACCCCGUCCAAUACAUGCUUCUGCAUCGGCAACUGCUGUAGUUAAUGGAGAGGAUGGAAAAAUAUGGUUGAAACCUUCUACUUCGGAGGCAAAAACUAUUCAAUGUGAUAAAGAUAAAGAAAAACCAACUAUGAAAGAAAGCAAAGAUUCUUCAAAGGAUAGUUUAUCAGAUGAGACUUCUAUGGGUAAAACUAAUAAUGUAGUAGAAAAAAGUGAUAAAAAAGAUGCUACCCGGCCAAACACUUUGCCGUCUGUUAAUGGAAUGGAUUUAAAAAGUGAAAGAUUAAAUGACUCUUCCUCACAAGCUGAACCUCUUCCUGGUCCAGUACAGCUAACAACAGUUAGGUCUCCAGAAGAAGUUACGGGAGUGAAAUCGCCAGAUCCAGAAUCUUGGACUGUACCGAUAGAAACAGGUAAAGGGUUAGAAUGGACUGAUGGACAAACUCCAGGUGAAGAACCUGUUCGAGCAAAAAGUCCCCCACCAGUGAUACCUAGUAAACCUGUAGAAAUUAUUCCAUCUGCUGUAAAUUCAGAACCAGUUAUUACACAAGUGGAACCUGCCCCUAGUGAAUCUGCACCUAAAGUUCCACCAAGCACGGAAGUGCCGAAUGUAGAGAUGGUUUCACCUUCGGCCGGAAGAAUGUUAGCUUCGGAUGUUCUGGACCGUGCAAGAAGUAGGUUAGAUCAAUUUUGGAGUAAAAACAAAUAACAUACAACUUUUACAUAUU